GGCGGUGCUGCCCGGGGCCGCCGCCGCCGCCGCGGAGAUCGUUGGCCGAGGGGCGGGGGAGGCGGUCGUCCUCCUCGCGGGGCCCGCCGGCAGCAUGCAGAACGUCAUCAACACGGUGAAGGGGAAGGCCCUGGAGGUGGCCGAGUACCUCACCCCCGUGCUCAAGGAGUCCAAGUUUAAAGAAACUGGAGUAAUUACACCUGAAGAAUUUGUUGCAGCUGGAGAUCACUUAGUUCACCACUGUCCUACUUGGCAAUGGGCUUCAGGAGAAGAACUAAAAGUCAAGGCUUAUCUGCCAACAGACAAACAGUUUUUGGUAACUAAAAAUGUGCCAUGCUACAAAAGGUGUAAGCAGAUGGAGUACUCGGAUGAGCAGGAAGCAAUUAUAGAAGAAGAUGAUGGUGAUGGGGGAUGGGUAGACACUUUUCACAAUGCAGGUAUAGUGGGUGCAACAGAAGCAGUUAAGGAGAUCACACUAGACAGUAAGGAUGAUAUAAAAAUACCAGAACCUUCAGCGUCUUGUGAGGAUGAUGAUGAGGAAGAUGAAGGAGAAGCUGCAGACAUGGAAGAGUAUGAAGAAAGUGGGCUAUUGGAGACAGAUGAUGCAACGCUUGACACAAGACAGAUUGUAGAAGCUAACAAAGCUAAAGUUGAUGUUGGAGGGGAAGAUGCUAUUCUACAGACUAGAACUUAUGACCUCUACAUCACUUACGACAAAUAUUACCAAACUCCAAGGCUCUGGUUAUUUGGAUAUGAUGAGCAACGGCAGCCUUUAACAGUAGAGCAUAUGUAUGAAGAUAUCAGUCAAGAUCAUGUCAAGAAAACGGUGACCAUUGAAAACCAUCCUCAUCUUCCUCCACCUCCCAUGUGCUCGGUUCAUCCAUGCAGAGUAAGAACCAAUUUAAUGCUGGUCUGUGAAUUUGGAUUGAGAGUCUUCACGGAUGAGAGCUCUGUGUGCAUGUUCUCCCUUCUUCCUCUGAAGCCAGUGAAGUGCCAGUGCCUUUGUUAUGUAUGUAAUCCACGUCUACACUUGAAGAAAUGGCUUGCAUCAUGGCACUUGUUCCAAUUAGUCUUUUAAGCAUGAAAGAGAUGAUUGAUAUCACAAUGAAACAGAUUUGUUGGUGGCCUUAAUUGUGGAGGAAACUGCCUAGUCCUUCUCAGAAAGCAAUCUAAUUGACCAGCAACUGCUUAACAUUGGAAAUGUUUGAAAAGGUCAUCUUGAGACUGAAGAAUGAGGCUAACAGCGUAUCUAAGAUGGAGAUUUUAAGUUAUGUUCUGUUACUCUCUGAGGUGAGCUAUUCUAUUUUCUUAAAUUGGUGUGGCUAACAGCUAAUAAGGUCUGGGCUUCUGAGGUGAAAAAUAAUAGCUGAAAAUGUUGUUUUGUUCUUAAUUUAGCUAGGAAGUACCAGUGUUUAGCUAACUCUGCUGCUGUUGCUUCCAUGCACGUUACAAGAAUUGUGUAAUGGAGGGUAUUUGGAUGGUCCUAAACUUAUUUGACUAUUUCUUGUGACGUGUCUAUCUGUCAUGCGUCAGAGAAAGGAAAGAAACAGCAGUCUGGUGCUGCUCU